AUGCCGCCUAAGAACUCUAGAGCGCCGGCAAGGACAGCAAAGCCGAAGCAGACUGUGACGAGUAAAACCAAUGGCUCGAAAAAGACCGCUAAGACUCAGGAUCGACUUGAGCUGGAAGGGGAGAGAGAUCAAGGAAGACAGACUUCAGAGGAGGCGCGCAAACAACAACAGCGCAUCGUGGAUGUCUUCCGCCGUGCCUUGAGCGAUGUGCUCUUCUCCGACAACCUGACUGCCACUAUGCAGGCAGUCAAACAAGCUCUCUUCGAUCGUGACUUUGCUAGGGCGUUUGGAAAUCCAGAGUAUUUGGCUGUGUAUGCUGCGAGAUGGAGCCCAACCCGGGCUCUGUGCUAUACCACGGUGCUGAGUGGCAUCUGGGAGCAUCUAGAGAGCAUCUCGCAGCCGAUUCAGGUUCCUGCCCCCAGUCAAGAGGAUGAUGAGAAUGGCAAUAACAAGUCUGAACCCAAAGACUCGGUUCAAACUCAUCAACUGAAAGUAUUCUCCAUCGGCGGCGGCGCUGCCGAGUUGGUCUCUCUCGCCGGCUUUCUCAGCCAAUGUCCCUCUCCCAUGCUUUCAGGACACAUCACCCUCCUCGACUCCGGUCCCUGGGCUGAUGUCAUCACCCAACUCUAUCCCAGCCUAACCACUCCCCCCCCAAUCUCCAAAUACGCCAGCGCAGCCGCGAAACUCGCCAACGCCGCAAUAGUCUCCCCCUCCCGCUUCAGUCACGCCUUCUUACAAGAAGACGUCCUCACCAUGGACCAACCCCGGCUCACGUCCAUAUUGGGGAACGCUCCCCUGUUAAUAACGCUGCUGUUUACUCUCAACGAAUUGUUUACUGCCAGCGGCAUCGGCAAAACGACUAAGCUAUUGCUCGACAUCACGUCUGUAGUGCCAUUCGGAUCGCUGUUGCUAGUUGUCGACAGCCCCGGGAGCUACUCCGAAACCAGCGUGGGCAAGGAGGCAAAGCGGUACCCGAUGCAGUGGCUCUUAGACCGGGUCCUAAUGGGCACGAGGCGGGAGCCGAUCGCUGGACGGAGAUGGAAGAAGCUUGAGGGAAAAGACUCAGUCUGGUUCCGUCUGGCUGAGGGACUGGAUUACCCAAUUCAACUGGAAAACAUGCGGUAUCAGAUGCAUUUGUACAGGGCAGAGGACGCAAGUCUAGAGUCCAAUUCGGACGACGAUUAA